CAAGCGAAAAUCUACUUUUUGAACGGUGUGCUUGACUCGAGGAAACGUUAAAUGGAUCGUCAUUAUCGUAUUCUGACAAUAGCUCAAAUAAAUUUCUACAUAUCUGUCUGUUUUACAGCUUUUUAUGAGAUAGUCAGAUCACAAGAAAGUACGAAGAUGAGAGAAAGUUGAAUAUUCCGACCAUUCAAGUUUCUGUAAAAUUUCUAUAACUUUUCAAUUGAAUAUUGUACAAAAUUGAACAACACACGAUUUUGUAGGCCAAUGUUCAUUCUAUACUUUAGCGCCAGGGCUAAAUAGGAUGGGUGGGAUGUGGGUAAAUGCGAAGACAAGAUUCACAUUCACACCCGUCCUUCUUUCAAAACGUGUUAUAAACUUCAUAGAUUCACUCAAUCUAAUUUAGGGUGCAGGUAUGGUUGUGGAAAAAAGAAGCAUCCACAUUCUCACUAUAUAUGCUAGCAUCAGAUGAAAGAGAUCGACCGAUGAGGAUGAUAGCAAAAGCAGCACUGAGAAGGCGACAUACCAAUUGAAGGUGACGACUAAUUCUUCUGGAAUAUUAUUUUCUUUUAGUACAAUUAAAAUGCAUUAUAUGCUAUCCAUACAUAAGUUCUCUAGUUUGAAUGUAUCCAAUCAAUUUAAAACAAAAUAAAUCGUAAUAGCUUCUCAAAAACGGUGCGAUAUUAUCUAUUCAACUGUAUUCUAACAUUUUCUAAUAUGCAUCUCUAAGCUACAUUUAUAGUUCUCUAGAUUUUUGGAUAUUAUAGAAAUAUUUCUACUGAUGAAUCGAGUUAUUAGCUGCUUAGACGCAAGGGUCAGCAAUACAGAAAGAGCUGCGAACCUUUGAAUUGGUAAUAAAUAAAAAACAUUGUCUUUUCAAUUUCAACCUGUAUUAUUUUCCGCUUAUCUAAUAGAUAUAUAAUUUUGAAUAGUCUUUUACAUAUUUGACUGUAUAUCAAAGUAUGAUGAUAAACUAAUCAAUCUACAUGAAACUCAACUGCAGUACUUUAAUUUGUUUUUUGGACAAAGCAGAUCUACUUUACUUUAUUCAGUAAAGUAAAGAUAAAAUACCACUAGUCUCUUUAUUACUAUUCUACGAAAGAAAGUAGCAAAUUUAUUAAUAUGACUAGAAUAGUAUAUUUACUUUUUUACAUAUUUGAUGAUAUUUUUCUCACUAGAACAUAUGUCAAUGGACAAAACAUUCAAAUAAUGACAUCAAUAGAUUGAUGUGUGUCAUCAACUGUUACUCUUCGUUUUCCAUUGAAUAAUGUUGUUGUUGUUAGAAGUGCUUCGCAUGGCGUUGCACAAAUAGCUGGUUCAUGUAGUUAUUUACCAAGUGAUCGUGUUGUCAAUCCAAUGAGUACGGUAAUAUAUACAGCAGAUACUGUAAAAUGUAACAUUAGUUAUAUUCAUAUUGAAUAUGAUUGUGUACCAAUAUCAAUCAAUGAUUCAACAAAAGAAUAUAAUGUUUGUCAAAAGAAUAUAGAAAUAACAAGUGAUUAUGGAAUCAUACGAAGUCCUAAUUAUCCAACACGAUUUCAAACAAUAGCAUCCGAAUGUUUUCGUACAAUACAUGUACCAAAUGAUAAAAUAAUUUGUUUAUGGUUAAAUGAUCUAUAUAUUGGUUCAAUAUCUGAGGUUUCUGCUAAAGAUCAUGUCUAUGCCGUUGAUAGUGUUCAAACAUAA